AUGUCCCCUGUUCCUUCUGUGUACGAUUUGUUGCUCAGAUUGGUGGGUCACCAGGAAGUGCUGAAGGACCCGGCUCAGAUGGGAAAGGCAAUUGAGACACUUGGAAAACAAAUCGAAGAAUACAAACCAGGUUCAUUUUCGUCCUUAAUUUCAGGAAAAAUUAACUCAUUCCAAUUCACCAUUCCUUCCUUUGUAAACCUCCUUGUCUAUUUUUUGAUUUUCUAUGUUUCGCUUUUGGUCGUUAACAAAACUACUCGUGUAAUGCUGACACUGCUCAAAUCACUAGCUACAGUAGCUAUCCUGCUUCUUAUUGUCUGCAUGGGUGUCCUUCUGCUACUUCGUUGA